UCGGUCUUCUCUCAAAUUCUUUUCUUUUUCAUUUUUUUUUUUUUUUUGACAAAUUAUACAGUCCUUAUAUUGAAGCUACCUCUAAAACCAAAAAAACAAAAAUUUACUAAUUGUUUUUAAUAUUCAACUUUUUGGUACCCUUGCUCUUCACCUGUUUUGACAAUGAAAUAAUUAAUAAAUAAAUGACAAUUAAAUCUAAUAUUUUUUUCUAUCGUCAAUACAGAAUUUACGUUUAUCGACCCCCCUUCAUCAAUAUAAAAAGCGACAUCUCCUUGCUUCGCUCAGUAAUUCUGUAAUUCAGUAUUUUUAUUUUUUUUUUCUUAAACACACCAGAACGUUGUUUAUUCUUCUGACAUAUAUCAGUAUCUAUAUGCUGGAAAUUUAUUUUUCAAUAACACUAUUGUGUCAGUUGUUGUUACUUGAUAAAAAAUGUUAUUUUUCAUCAAAUGUUUCACUAUAACACCCUUGUGAUGAAUUUAUAGUGAAAAAAAACAUGUACUGUACAUUAAAAUCCUGCUUGUGCAGGAAUAAAGUUGUCAGGGCUCUAAGUACUGGUGAAGUUUCCACAGCAUUAAGACCAUUUUAUUUUACAGUACAUCCAGAUCUUUUUGGACAAUUCCCAACACAAAGGACUGUCAAUGAAAAUUCAUUGAAGCAAUUGAGUUCAAUUUUAGAAUCCCUACAGCAGCGGAGGGCAAUUAGGCCAACAAUUUUACCAUUUUACCUACGAUCAAGGGACGAAAAAGAAUCGAAAGCGGGAAAUUUUACUCUCGUCAAAAUUCAAUUGAACGAAAAGGAUUUGAGAAAAACGAUUCUCUCUAUUUUGAAGACAUGCAAUUUGCCAACGACAUUUAUUGAUAAAUUGGAAGAGGAAAAACCAAUUUCCCCAAAAACAGCAAAUUUUUCACAAUUUAGAGGUAGAGAUGGUGAAAUAAAUUUUGCCGAUUUAGAAGAUGAUCCAAUUUUUACAUCGAUUAUAAUGAAGAGUAAAAUAAAUGCCGAACCGGAUACUUUCAAGGCUUAUUUGGAUAAACAUGUGAAUAUCGCUCACGUGAAAUUCGAAGCAUGUAGGCCAAUUCGAGAGGAGGUGAAGAAACUAGAAUCGAAAUUGUGCGAUGACCUUGAACUCGAGAGCAUAACAUGGGAUUGCGGCUGGAAUAUAACGCACUAUCGAGGCUGCCUUUUGGCUUUUCAUGCACUCGCGAAACAUCAUCCGGAACCCAUGAAAAUUCUCAAGGGUCGUAAAAUUGUCUUUGCCAAUGACACUGGAAUAAGUGUCGAGGGAAAUGUUAUGCUCAAUUCAGGCGAAGUUCGUCACAAUUGGUUGGAUCUGAUCAAAAAUGUAAGAAAGCAUGACGCUGUACUUCUGCGACUGCCGGCCUUUGAGAAAGCAGUUUCGAGGGUGUUACUGGACAUAAAAGUGGGUCGACGGAUACUCUAUAUGUGCAGGAAGUUCAUGCCGAAAGUAAUGGUCGGCCAGUAUGAACAUCAACUGAGACAGCUGACAACAACGCUCUCCGAUUACAGAGGAAGAAGAAGCUAUCCGAGUGCAUGGCCUUCGAAUUUGUCAGCCUAUGAAAUCGUCGUUGAGACUGAAGCGGGUCCUCUGAUGCUUUCACCAACGGGUCAAUUCAUCGUCCCUUCAUCGUGUCCAAGCUUCUUGCUAGUGAGCUUCAUCAGUGAAAACUUAGAAGAGGCCAUAAAGCGUCUGCAUCAUUAUAAUAACAUAAAACAUGUUGAACGUGAACUGCACAGAAGAGCAAUUGAAGAUUUAGGCUUGGCCGCAUUAAAUAAAGACGAUAGCAUAACUCCCGAUCUCAUGAUAAAAUGCUGUGAACGAUUACUAUUGCACAAAGAAAUAUUAGCGCCUAAUUUGCAAGGUGUCAUGCUCUGGGUGACACAUUACUAUUCGGUAAUGAGCGACGGUGUUCUUUGUGUGCCAUGGGACUGGAAAUUAUAAUCAGAACCUAAUUUAUUCCUCCUUUGUUCUUGUCAAUCAACGAAAAUAUCAUACAUAGUCAAUUUUUGGUAAAAUUAUAAAAAAUUUUUAAUUUAGAAUCAAUUCAAUAAUAUAGAGAGUAAGAAUAUAUUCUGUUACCACAAAAGAAUACGUACCUGUAAUAAUUGUAUUUUUGAAUACAACGGAUGAAAAAAUUUAGUAAAUAACUCAGGAACAACUCAAAGGUAAUUUAAUCAUAAAUAUAAAAGAAGAAACUUAUACUUUACAAAAAAUGUUUUGUUUCUUUAAUACAAAACACAUUAGUUUUGAUUUGACUAGCGAUUUUCUAAUUAUAGAAAAUAAUUAAACAAAAUUUUCUACAUGAAUUGUACAUAGUAGAAUGUAAAACAUAGAGAUUAAAAAAUUGUUUUUGUUUACAUUUUUUUUUUUGUAUAAUUUGAGACAAUAAAACUAAAAAUACGAUUAAGUUGUUAAGAAAUGUUUGUAUCAAACUUGGUUCAAAUAAAUAGUUUAUUAAAUA